GCCAUGGCUUCUCCGGGGAUUAGGACGGGCAAGGUGGUGACAUUUGUAUUUCUAAUACUCUUCGUAAACGCCGCUCGUUGCGAAGGAAAGAAAGCAGAAACCACCAACAAAGCAGCUAAAACACCUCCAGAGCCACUGAAGGCGUCAGCGACUGCACAGACGGGCUGGUACGAAGGUGCCGGCGGCUCUUCAUCCUGGUCUUCGGGAGGACAAAGCUAUGGCGGCGGGGGCGGUGCAGCAGGGCUUGGUCCUUGGGCUGACUCUGGCAGCGUAUCGUCGGGCAUCGGCGGAGGAGCAGGCGGAUCUGGACCAUGGGCUGAUGCUGGCAAGGGCAGCGGCGGUGGCGCUUUUGGCGGUGCUGGGCCAUGGGCCGACUCCGGAAGUGGUGGAUUCGGCGGUGGUGUCGGACCAUGGCAAAGCUCGGGUAAAGGCUCGGGUGGCACUGGCUUCACUUCGGGCGCCGCACCUUGGGCUGGCGCGGGAAAAGGAUCGAAUGGUGGCUACGGAGGUGGUGCCGGUCUUGAUUCAUGGGCCGGAGCAGGGAAGACCGGUGGAUUUGGUGGCUCUGGCAAGUCGUUCGGAGGAGGAGGUGCUGGCGUCGGACCGUGGGACCAAGCCGGAGGAUUUGGCGGCGGCAAGCUUAGCGGUGGCGGUGGUGCGUCAUGGACCCAGAACGGCGACUUCGGGGCCGGUGGCAAAGCAACUGGAUGGGACUUUUCACAAGGAUCGAAAUUCUCUGGCAACACUGGCUCCUGGGAUCAAGGUGGUUUCGGUGGUGGCAAGCUUGGUGGCGCCGGUGGUGGUGCAUCGUGGUCUCAAGGACAAUUAGGUGGCAACAAAGCAGCGUACGGGGGAGGUGCGUCGUGGGACCAAGGCGGCAAAUCAUUCUCCCAGAAUGCUCAAAGCGGGCCCUGGAGAGGCAAGACAGCCGUAGCUCAAGAUUCGUGGACCCCGAGCGGCGCAGGAGGCUAUGGAAAAACGUCUGCUGCAGGCAUCGGCCCAUGGACUCAAGGAGUUGGUGCAGGAAAAGGAUUCGGUGCUGCCGAUGCUUGGCUUCAAGACAGUCCUGCAAGUGCAGGUCCGUGGGCACAAGGCGGAACCGGAAACGGCAAGCCAGCCUCUGGAACCGGUCCCUGGGCGCAAGGAGGGAACGGUAAUGGCAAAGCGAGCUAUGGAUCUGGGCCUUGGUAUGGAAGCUUUGCUGGUGGUAAAGGUGGAAAUGGAGGCGGCGCUGCCUCUUGGGCCAAUGGUGGAAACGGUGCUGGAGGAACGAAGGUAUCAUCACCAGGGCCUUGGGACUCAGGAAGCUUUGGAGGCGCUGCCAAGGGAGGAGCGGGGCCUUGGUCACAAGGGGGAGGCGGAUAUGGAAAUGGUGGGACUAAGAGCUUUGGUGGGCCAGGACCAUGGACAGGUGCAGGAAAUGGUGCAGGAACUAACAGCUUUGGUGGGUCAGCGCCCUGGGCUGGUGCAGGAAGUGGUGCAGGAAAUGGUGCAGGAUCGAAGAACUUUGGUGGGCCAGGGCCCUGGGCAGGUGCAGGAAAUGGUGCAGGACCUAAGAGCUUUGGAGGGCCAGCGCCCUGGGCAGGUGCAGGUGUAGGCAACGGUGCAGCACCUAAAAGCUUUGGCGGGCCGGCGCCCUGGGCAGGUGCCGGUAAUGGCGCAGGAAACGGUGCAGGACCUAAGAGCUUCGGUGGUGCAGGGCCCUGGGCAGGUGCAGCUAAUGGUGGAGGGCCAAAGAGCUUCAGUGGCACAGGACCAUGGGCAGGUGCAGGAAAUGGCGGUGCCUCUAAAUUUAAUUCUGGAGCUGCAUCGUGGGACCAAGGAGGAUAUGGCAGAAACGGAAGAACGGGUGGACCCAAACCUUGGGAUGGAGCAGGCGCCAUUGGUACUGGUGGCGGAUCUUGGGCUGGCCAGGGCGGCUUCGGUGGAGGUGCGCCGGGACCUUGGGACAACGGGAAGGGAGCUGGAGCUGGAGCAUCAUGGGACCAAGGAAGAUUCGGUGGUGGCAAGGGAGCAGCGCCUGGCCCGUGGGCUGGAAAAGGAAAGUCUAAUGGAUUUUCUCAGCCAGACCUUGGAGGAGGCCCUGCGUCUGCAGGUCCUUGGGAUCAGGCAUCAUAUGGAGGGGCAGGAAAGGGAGGCGGUGGAGGAGGCCCAUGGGACAGCGGAAGUGUUGGAGGGGGAAGAGGUGGGCCUGGCGGUCCCUGGGCUGGGGCUGGAGGCAAUGGAAAAGUAUCUGGUGGACUCGGAGGAGGUCCCUGGGCUCAAGGAGGCGUAGGAUCAGGUGGUUCUGGUCCGGGACCUUGGGAUCAGGGUGGAUAUGGUGCGAAAAAGGGUGGGAAUGGUGGUGGAACAGUUGGCCCAUGGGACAGCUCCUCAAAGGUUAACGGCGCAGGUGCCUCUUGGAGUGGAAACGGAAAUAAUGGCUUUGGUGGCGGCAAAGGCUUUGGCAACAGCGGUAGUUCGUGGUCUCAAAACGGCAAAUUCGGAGGCGGAAAUGCAGGCGUAUCGUGGACGCAGACAAUGUUCGGAGGCACUGGAGGUGGGCCAUGGCAACAAGGCGGUUACGGUGGUCAAGAUUCAUGGGCUACAAAGGGCGGUAAUGGCAACGGUAAAUUUGGCAAUGGUGGUGCUGGACCUUGGCAAGGCGCCGGUGGGGGAGGAGACGGCGGUGGAUGGCAGGCCGACCAGGGAAGCGUUGGCGUCUGGAUCGGAGAUGUCAGUCAGAAGGGCAGAGGCAGCUUCGGUCAGCAGGCUGGAGGAAGACGGAAGAACAAUUACCUGCCUUCCCAAGGCGGCGCUAGCUGGGAUGGACAGGCAGGUGGGCAAAACGGUGGUGGUGCAGGUGGGGGGUGGGAUGGUGGCGCAUUUCAGAAAGGUCGCGGGGGAUUUAGUGGGGGACAGAGAGGCGGUGUGGGUAAAGUUCAGUGGAGCUUCAGCAGAAGCGAUCCAUGGGCACAACCACAAACCUGGUCAGGUUCCUGGACAACGGACGGAGCAGCGCAGCAAUACACUUCAGCGGGAGUCGGGCAGAUGAUGUUCGGUGGUGUAGCAGACUGGAUGACGGCAGACAAGUACAGCGCCAAGUACGGAGGAAGCAGCGCCGGAGGAGGAUGGCAGCAGCAGCAGCAGCUUGGAACUGGCAAUCGGGGCUCCUGGAGUGGAGGUGGUCGAGGCGGUGGUAACAAGUGGUGACCAGACAUCUUGCACAUUGCGUGAGCUUUGAUGCCAUGAACCACCAAUCUUUUGAAGAAGGGAUGCCGUCAGCCGGCAUGCAAUGGCUCAUCGUUGAUGAAAGCAAUAUUCUACGCAGCUUAUUGUCGUCGUUUGUCCAGAGCGAUGCUGUAAUGUAUGAAAUUUCUAAAUGAUUCAAUUGUACAAAUGCUUAGUUAUAUUGUACUGACACGCAUUUUUAUCGCAAUCAUUAUGAUCAACUCCUUUAAAGACAUCCUGCGCAUUUAAAUACAAGAUAUGUUAUGUUCAAUUGAGUGUUGUCUGUGUUGUUCAGCUGAAUGGUAUUUUAUUUUCGCAUACUCGAAUCGCCCUGUACCAUAAGAGUUUAUCAUCUGUUGGUUGUAUGUGUGCCAAGACUGAUUUUUUCUGUUGACAGGAUGGCAAACAUCAUGUUUUACAGUUUUUGGGUGCGCUGAUUAUUGUUGGACUUUUUUGUUGUCACAUCAAAGCCAGCAACUACGUUUGUUGCUGCUUAGAUGUUUUCUGUGUGAACUUUGUUAAUUCCAGCAGGCACACGAACACUGCGUUCUCGACGCCUGUGCUCGAUUGUAGCUGAUGAAAUAAAACUGCACACCAAUUUA